UUCACUCCUAAGCAUCGGCGAUUUCACUCCGCUCAGGAUAUUGAUCCAGCCGACGUUUCACCUUCUUUUUGCUGCUUUGAUUGGGUGUACUAAAAAGGCCCCAUCCCCUGGGCGCUCGCUGGCCUUCUUGUCAUCCGCUGCAAGGAAAAGACUACGUUUGCCGAAAAUAUAAAGAAGAUCGAGAAUGACCGAGUACGACUGGGAUAAGGAAAGUACUUCAGCUUCAAAUUCAGACACAGAAAUGAAACCUGAACAACUGCCUACUUGUGUGAACGCCGGCAAUCCUGUGUUUUCAUGCAUGAUGGAUCCAAAGACGCUCCGUACAGCUACCUCACUAUCAGAACCGAAGAUGAUUAUGUAUAAAACCAAUUCAAGUGCUUAUGGUGAAUUUUUACCUAUGCCACAGUUUUUCCCCUGCAUCUAUACUCCAAAGGGGCAAGCAUUUUCAAGUCAUAUCAGAGCUACAGGAUUUUAUCAAAAUAACACUCUAAACACUGCAGCUGACAGAACCAGAACCCUUGAUUUUCCUAAUUUUCAGCGCACUCUAUGA